AUGGAUAGUUAUCGAAAAUCGACGUUAAAGCCAUGGAAGAAAGGUCCUGCCAGAGGUAAAGGAGGGCCACAGAACGCGACAUGCGAGUAUCGAGGAGUUAGACAGAGGACUUGGGGUAAAUGGGUGGCAGAAAUCAGAGAACCAAAGAAGAGAACAAGACUCUGGUUAGGGUCUUUCGCGACGGCAGAAGAGGCAGCCAUGGCGUACGAUGAAGCUGCAAGGAGGUUGUAUGGGCCGGAAGCUUACCUUAAUCUUCCGCAUCUGAGAUCAAAUUUCAACCCUCUGAACAAAUCCCAGAAGUUCAAAUGGUUCCCUUCAAACAGCCUUAUUUCGAUGUUUCCUAGUACCGGUUUACUGAACUUGAAUGCCCAGCCAAGUGUGCAUAUCAUUCACCAGAGGCUAGAAGAACUCAAGAAGACAGGCUUAUUGUGUCAGACAUCCUCAGCAAGCUCAUCAUCAAGCAAUCCCCAAAAUGACAUGGAUUUUGUGGAUAAUCAGCCCCAUGCAGAAAGUCUCAUCGUGAAGUAUAAUGAAGUGGAGCAGUCUACCCAGCACAAACCGCUGAAUCAAGAACAGAAGCCUCAGAUCGAUCUAAAUGAGUUCCUUCAGAAAAUAGGAGUACUGAAAAAUGAAGAUCAGACUGAUGCAAGUGAAAGAUUCUCAAACUCCAAGGAGAAAGAUUUUUCCCAUGAUGGAGGACUUGCUGCGUUUCCUGAACAGAUUUUCAACUGGGAAACACCAAAUGAAAUAUCGGGAGUUGAGGACAAUCAAAUAAUGGAGUGCAGCAGCUUUCUUACAGAGAGUAACGAGGAACUAAGUUUUCCAGCCUCUAUUUGGAACUUUUGA